UUUUUCUACGAUGGAAUUUGAUGAAGAGAAACCAAAAGAUGUCAAAAUUGAUAGAAAAAGCAGAAGUGAUUCCUCAAAAACUUCAAAAAACAAUGAAGACAAAAAAGAUGUUUUGAAGAAUUUAACAGAAAAAGAACCGGCACCGCCUGUAAAAAGAGAGCCUCUGUCUUUGGAAGAACUUUUGGAAAAGAAGAAACAAAUGGAGGAAGUUAAUAGCAAGCCAAAAUUUUUGACAAAAGCUGAACGUGAAGCAGAAGCAUUGCAACGUCGAAAAGAGGAAGUUGAACGAAAACAAAAGGAAUUGAAAGACUUGGAAAAACAACGAAAUAAAUUUCUUAGUGAGGCUCGAAAAUCUGAUCGUGAUAGUAGAAGGGAUCGUGAUUAUAGAAGGGACAGGGAUAGAAGAAGUCGUUCACGUUCAAGAACUCGUAGCAAAGAAAGAGAAGAAAGGCGUAAUGAAAGAAUAGCUGAAAAGGAUAGGGAAAGAAUGCAAGAAGCUAUUAAGACGCGUUAUUUGGGUGCCCCAAAAGAAAAACGUAAAUGGGGACGUCGUUUACAUGAACGUAAAUUUAUUUUUGAUUGGGAACCUACAGAUGAUACCUCAAAUGAUUACAAUGAUUUAUAUAAAGAAAGGCAUGAAGUUCAAUUUUUGGGAAGAGGUUCAAUUGCUGGAAUGGAUGUAAAUCAACAAAAGAAACAAAAAUCUGAAUUUUAUCAAAAAUUGUUGGAACAACGUAGAAGUGAAGCAGAAAAAGAACAAGAAAAGCAUAGAUUAAAACAACUACAAAAGAAACAGAAAAAGGAAGAUUGGGAUAAUCGGCAUUGGACAAAAAAAGCUUUAAAUGAAAUGACUGAUCGAGAUUGGAGGAUAUUUCGUGAAGAUUUUAAUAUUACAAUAAAAGGUGGACGUGUCCCAAGACCUAUGAGACAUUGGGCUGAAAUGAAUUUACCUAAAGAUGUCCAUGAUGUUAUUUUGGAAGUUGGAUAUAAGGAGCCAACACCAAUUCAACGGCAAGCAAUACCUAUCGGUUUACAAAAUCGAGAUAUUAUAGGUGUUGCAGAAACUGGAUCAGGAAAAACUGCAGCAUUUUUAAUUCCUUUAUUGUGUUGGAUAACAACAGUUCCAAAAAAACAAGCAGCACCAAUAAUUUCAUUAGAUGAAGGAACAGAAUAUGAACAGGGGCCAUAUGCAAUUAUUCUUGCUCCAACAAGAGAAUUGGCACAACAAAUUGAAAUUGAAACACAUAAAUUUGGUGAUCGUUUGGGUAUUCGAACAGUCUCAGUUAUUGGUGGAGCAUCUCGAGAAGAUCAAGGAAUUCGGAUGAGAAUGGGUGUUGAUAUUGUUAUUGCAACACCUGGUCGACUUGUUGACGUUCUUGAAAACAGGUAUAUGUCAUUAAAUUUAUGCUCUUAUGUAAUUAUGGACGAGGCAGAUAAAAUGCUUGAUAUGGGUUUUGAACCUGAUGUUACUCGAAUUUUGGAAUUUAUUCCUGUAACAAAUUUGAAACCUGACACUGAAGAAGCUGAGGAUGAAAAUAAAUUGCUGGAAAAUUAUACUUCAAAAAAGAAAUAUAGACAGACAGUUAUGUUUACUGCAACAAUGUCAUCAGCAGUUGAACGUGUUGCCCGUCAAUAUUUACGUCGUCCAGCAAUAGUAUAUAUCGGUUCUGCAGGUCGUCCAACAGAACGAGUUGAACAAAUUGUAAUAAUGAUGUCUGAAGAAAUGAAACGUAAAAAAAUUGUUGAACUACUUUUUGAACCAAAUUUGUAUAUUCCACCAAUUAUUAUCUUUGUUAAUCAAAAAAGAGGUGCUGAUUUGCUAGGAAAAGGUUUACAAAAAAUUGGUUUUAAUCCGUGUAUUCUACACGGAGGGAAAGGACAAGAAGCUAGAGAAUAUGCUUUGGAUGCUUUAAAAACUGGGGCAAAAGAUAUUUUGGUAGCUACAGAUGUUGCUGGAAGAGGAAUUGAUGUUAAAGAUGUUUCGUUGGUUAUAAAUUAUGAUAUGACUAAAUCUAUUGAAGAUUAUACACAUAGAAUUGGAAGAACAGGUUUUUUAAAAUUUUAUUACUAA